AUGGAAUUGCCGCAGCCACGCACUAAGCAUAUUGAACAUACUCUACCUACGCCAACAGAGAAAACGCAAACACUGUUGAACCCAAACGCUCCAGAGUUUGUUGCUGUUAAUCAAGAUAGAAACGUUUUAAGUGAAACCAAUGAACUGGCUAAGUUGUUAGCAAAAAAGCAGCUUAUACCCACAAGACUUUCUACCUUUGAUGAUGUUCCAGGACACUACUUUGUCUGGAAGUCUACAUUUGAAAAUGUGACUGAUGAACUUGGUGCUUCCACAAUGGAAAAACUUGACCUCUUGAUUCAGAAUCUUGGAGUGAGAUCGAAGCAGCAGGCCCUCAACAUUCGUUCAGCAAACCCUCGUGACCCAUCUAGAGCAUUGGGUCUGAUAUGGGAGUGGCUUGAUUCGAGAUAUGGAAGCCCAGAGAGUAUUGAAUCUUCCCUGAAGAACAGAGUUGCAGCUUUUCCUACCUUAAAGAAUACAGACAGGAGUGAACUGUUUGAACUGGCAGAUAUUAUCAUGGAGAUAGAAUCCAUUAUGCAAGACGAGAAGUACACGAAACUCUUCGCAUAUUAUGAUUCGUCAGUAGGCAUAAACCCGAUUGUCAAAAAGUUACCUGUAAACAUUCAGGAAAAGUGGACGAAUGAAGCAAACAAGUAUAAACAGAAACACAGUGUAGUUUAUCCACCAUUUUCUGUCUUUGCUACGUUUGUGAACAAUAUUGCAAAGAUCCGCAAUGAUCCCAGUUUCAUUUAUGACACUACCAAUAGUGCACAGCAGGGUGAUGGACUUAAGCGCAUCAGAGGGACAGGUUUUACCAAAACACAGAUAUCUUCUAGGAAAACAGAUGUGACCACAGAGAGCUGUCCAGUCCAUGGCACCAACCACACACUCAAUGCGUGUCGGCAAUUUCGCACAAGGCCGCUACAAGAAAGGAAGGAUUUCAUCAGAGAAAAUGGCCUCUGUUUCAAGUGCUGCGGACCAAGGAAACAUAUACAAGCGAACUGUAAAGUGACUGUGAAAUGUGACAUUUGUAACUCUACAAAGCACCCAUCAGCACUUCACCAGGACUCAAGGAUGUCUCCAACUGUGAAAGCUCACGAGGGGGAGAACUCUACUCAAGCAGUGAAUGUGAUGAGCAAAUGUACUAAAAUUUGCAACACUCGUGGAAACACAUCAAAAUCAUGUGCCAAAAUAAUACUAGUGAAAGUGUACCCUCAAGGAAGAAAAAAUGUGUCUAGAGAACUCUAUUGCAUGAUAGACGAACAGAGUAACCGAUCUCUGGCAGUCUCACAGUUCUUCAACGCCUUCGGAGAAUGUGGAAGUGAGAUGGAAUAUGUCUUGUCCUCUUGCGCUGGUACAUUCAACACAUCUGGACGCAGAGCUUCUGGGUAUGUGGUGGAAUCGAUCGAUGGUUCUUGUGCUUUGCAGCUACCUGAUUUGAUCGAGUGCAAUGAUAUUCCUAAUAACAGAGAAGAAAUACCGUCACCUGAAGUGGCACAAUGUUUUACACACUUGAAGGAUAUCGCACACUUCAUACCACAAGUGGAUGAACGCAUCAACAUAGAGUUACUGAUUGGUCGUGACCUCAUUAUGGCACAUCAUGUGUUGGAUCACAGAAUUGGGAAAAACGACUUACCUUAUGGACAACAAUUGCCACUUGGGUGGGUUAUCAUUGGAAACGUCUGCCUCGGAACAGUUCAUAGUCCGGAUGUUGUCAACGUCAACAAGACCGCCAUCUUAAGUAAUGGACGUCCCACCACGAUGAUUCCGUGCGAUAGUGAGAUCAAGAUUGACUUUGACUCAGUUUUCAGAAGGACUGAGCAGGAUGAGAAGCCAGGAUUAUCAAUUGAAGAUAAAGACUUCCUAAAGAUUGUAAGUUCUGGAAUACAGAAAACAGAUCAAGGACAAUGGAUGGCUCCACUCCCUUUCCGAUCUACACGGAGAACGUUACCAAACAACAAGGAAGCAGCUGAACGACGUGCCAGAUCCUUUGACGCAAGUCUGAAGCAUAAUGAACAAAAACAACAGCAUGUCACAGACUUUAUGCAGAAGUUAUUUGAUAAUGACCAUGCAGAAAAGGCCCCAGCGUUGGAUGAAGGAAGUGAAUGCUGGUAUCUUCCGCUCUUCGGAGUAUACCAUCCCAAAAAGCCAGACAGCAUAAGAAUGGUUUUUGAUUCUUCAGCCAAGUUCCACGACGUAUCUCUUAACGAUGUGCUGCUCAAAGGACCUGAUCUUAGCAACAGCUUGCUAGGAAUUCUUAUGCGAUUUAGAGAGGAAGCUGUAGCUGUGACAAUGGAUGUAGAACAAAUGUUCUAUAAUUUCAAAGUAACCCCAGAACACAGAAACUUUUUGAGAUUUUUUUGGCACGAGGAUAAUGAUCUUAACUGCCCACUCACAGAAUAUCGUAUGACAGUGCACGUCUUCGGGAAUAGUCCCUCUCCCUCCGUUGCCACUUAUGGUCUCAGAAAAUCAGUGGAAUCAUCCAGCGAAGAUGUGAAAGAACUCAUAAACAAUAAUUUCUACGUUGACGAUGGGCUAUUGUCAUGUAAUAGUGAAGAAGAAGCCAUCAGCCUCGUACUCAGGACCAAGGAUGCACUCAACGAAGGAGGGAAGUUGAGGCUCCACAAAUUUGCCUCAAAUAGCCGAACACUCCUCGACUCAUUUCCGUCAGAGGACCUAGCCAAGAACCUGAAGGAUCUCGACCUUGGUACAGCAUCGCUACCACUACAGAGAAGUCUAGGACUUCUAUGGGAUACUAAUUCAGAUGUCUUCCUAUUCAAAGUAUCAGAAGAGCAGAAACCUUUCACCAAACGUGGAGCAUUGUCGAUCAUCAAUAGUAUUUACGACCCGAUAGGUUUUGCACAACCAGUUAUAAUCAAAGGCAAGAUAUUGCUGAGAAACAUGAUCUCUUCUUCAUCAAAGUUGGACUGGGAUGACCCCUUACCUGACUCUCUCUACAAGGAAUGGAAAUCUUGGGUGCAGUCGUUGCCGGAGUUAGAGGAGUUCCAGAUUCCCAGACAGUAUAGUUCCCGGUCAUUUAAAGGCGCACAGAAGCGAGAGGUGCACAUCUACGCAGAUGCUUCUAAAGAAGCCAUUGCAGCAGUAGCAUUCUUGAAGUUGUAUGGCAGCGAUUCAGAUUCAUGCACUACAAGCUUUCUUAUGGGAAAGGCAAAGGUUGCUCCAUCUAGUGGACACACAGUACCUAGACUCGAGUUAUGUGCUGCGGUUCUAGCCGUUCAGUUAGCUGAUGUCAUUCAUGAGCAGUUGAAGAUAGACAGAGAAGAUUUUUCUUACUACUCUGACAGUCAAGUUGUACUCGGGUACAUAACAAACGAGAAUAGAAGGUUCUACAUUUAUGUUGGAAAUCGAGUGAGUCGCAUCAGAAUGUCAAGCCAACCCUCGCAGUGGAAGUACAUAGCAUCUGAACUGAACCCAGCAGACGUCGCAACGAGAAGCGUCAAAGCAUGUCAACUAGCGGACAGCAAGUGGAUCAAAGGGCCAGACCCUUUGAUAGAUUCUACAUCUAAUCUGGAUCAAUACCCCCUCAUUGAACCAGAGACAGAUAAAGAGUUGCAACCAGAAGUAAAGUGCUGUAAAACUGAAGAGUCGCAGGACAAGAAACCUAUGCAUGCAGGUGUCAAUGUUACAAGGUUUUCAGACUGGAGAAAACUUGUGCGAGGAGUAGCAUAUUUGAAGAACUUCAUCAGGAAGUACAAGGGAGUAAACACUACUAAAAAUGUUGACACAAAUAUUAUCUCGGAAACGGAGCAUUUCAUAAUUCAGAUGGUUCAGAAGGAAGCCUUUGGACCUGAGAUUCAAGCCAUUAAAGAGGGAAGGUCACUGAAAAGAAGCUCAAUCUUAUCUUUGACACCAGUGCUCGGUCCAGACGGUCUCUUACGAGUUGGCGGAAGAUUAAAGGACAAAGACUUUAUUGACAACUUGGCUAAACAUCCAAUAAUUAUCCCUAAGAACCACCACCUAGCCAAACUACUCAUCCAUCAUUUUCAUCGCAAGGUCUCGCAUCAGGGUCGACACCUAACGGAUGGAGCCGUGCGAGCUGCUGGAUUCUGGAUAGUGGGAUCCAAGCUAAUGAUUUCGUCCGAGAUCAACAAAUGUGUCAUUUGCCGUAAACUCAGAGGGAAACUUGGUUGGCAACAGAUGGCGUGUUUACCAGAAGACAGAGUGACGCCUUGUCCACCAUUUUCAUAUGUUGGCGUGGACACGUUUGGACCAUGGGCCAUUGUUCACAGAAGGACCAGGGGCAGUUCAGCCAAUCAGAAGCGGUGGGCCUUAUUAUUUACAUGUAUGGUGACUAGAGCUAUACAUAUAGAAGUCAUAGAAGAGUUAUCCAGUGCGGCAUUUAUCAAUGCCUUGAGACGCUUCAUAGCCAUUAGAGGACCAGUAGUGCAGUUUAGGUCUGAUCGUGGGACCAACUUCAUUGGGGCUACACAGGACCUGUCCAUCAAUGCAGAGUUUGUGGAAAAGGGACCCGUUGGUACCUUUCUAUCCAAUUCAGGAACGUCUUGGAUAUUUAACCCACCUCAUGCCUCCCACAUGGGAGGAGCAUGGGAACGCUUAAUAGGAGUAUCACGCAGAAUACUUGACUCUAUGUUACUUCAGAAUCGAGUUGAACUUACCCAUGAUGUCUUAGUCACUUUCAUGGCAGAGGUAUCAGCCAUAGUGAACAACAGACCGCUACUUCCUAUGUCAUCAGAUCCUGAAUCUCCGAGCCUACUUACACCAUCCAUCUUGCUAACGAUGAAGACCUCAGCAGACAUUGGACCAUUUCCAGAAUUUGGACCAAAGGACAUACGUGCACACUGGAAGCGAGUACAAAUACUAGCAGAGGAAUUUUGGAAAAGAUGGAGAAACGAAUAUUUACAUACCCUCCAGGUGCGUCAGAAGUGGAAGGAAGACCGUCCAAACUUGAAGACUGGGGAUGUCAUCUUGAUGAAGGACAGUGGAAGUGCGCGUAAUGACUGGCCUAUGGGCAUUGUGAAAAGAACAUUCCCAAGUGAUGAUGGUCGCGUCCGGAAAGUCGAGAUAUGCGUUGUGAAGGACGGUGUACGCUCUACAUAUGUGAGACCAAUUUCAGAACUUGUCACGCUUUUGGAAGUGUAA